AAGUUUGAUUUUGAUUGGUUAUGGAUUCUUGGAUAAUUUUUGGGUAAUUUGUUUAUGUUUGGCCUGCAAUCUUCCCGUGAACUCUCAAAAAUUGUUUAAGUGAAAAUUCUGCUUAUUUUAUGAUCGUGAUAGAGUAUAAUUACGAUUUUCUAAAUAUUUUACUUUAUCCGAUUUCGCAAGCUCCUCUGGGUCGAAAAAAAACCUUUAAUAAUAUGUGAAAUCGAACCGAUUUGAAAAUCGAUUUUUAAAAGCCAUUCAGUAUUCGUGCAUCCGCAUAUUUGAAAAUUCCCAAUAUUGCGUUUGUAAACAUCCUGGGUUUCUUCUUGUUCGAUCAUGAGAAUCAUUAAUCGAAAUAAACUCUCGUCUUCAAGUUUUAAUUUGAAUCCAAAAAGUUAAGAUGGACUGAAUUUUUUUUUUCUCAACUCAGCAUUUACACAGAGAAAUGUGACCCCAACACGGAAUCUUUUCGCGAAUCGUCCCGCUGCUGAAGAUUACUGUACUCGAAAUAAUAUGGCAGUGAAUGGUAAAUCUUCGUUCCUUUUCCUCCUCAUCGUGGGUGUCGCGCCAAUUUUCAAUGACUUCGCAGAACCGUGUAUCGCCGAAAUUUUCGCGAAUGUUUGGACACUUUUGCCAAUCGGAAACAGGGUCAACACUCCCAUGGAAUCAGGGAGGAUCCCAGUAGGCAAUCGAACGUCGAGGAACUACGUGGCAAGGUGCACGAUGGUAUUUCUCUUGGGCUCUCAAUUCAUAGAGAAGACUUGUGUGGGUGCCAUCAUCAGCAAUACAACAAUCGCAACUGCUGCCCACUGCACUCAUUUGUCGAAAAACCAUUUGAGUUGGCCAUUGUCCGUCUUCUGUUCGGUGGGUGACCUGGAUUCCUAUAUCCAAGAAAGCGAUGAAAUCGAAGUCAACAGCAACGCAAGAGGAAUCAUACGGCAUGCCAAUUACGACCCGGCAACGAGACAGUUUGACAUUGCAAAACUUGUGUUGGAUUCUCCGAUGACCUUGGGCUCAAACACGUCAGUCGACAGCAUUUUCAUGAAUGAAAAUGCUGCUGUGCUCAGUAACAGCUCAACACUAGUCACAGUUACCGGCUGGGGAAGUACUUACGGUGGAAGUCCAAGUAUGACAACUGGAGUUAUGAAAAAUAGAGACUCAUCAGCGUGUGCAGUCGCUUAUGCCGAUGAUGACCAAAAAUACGUGUUCGACCCUUCGGCGCAGCUUUGCUUUGGCGGUGGGUCCAAUAUCGGACCCUGUUUCGGUGACUCAGGAGCUCCGAUUGUAGCCACAGUUGAUGGUGAACAAGUCCUCGUCGGAAUCACGUCAUAUUUCAAAAGGGUGAACCUCAACACAGGCCAAAAUGCCAAGAACACGUUUUUCGGAAAACCCAAAUUCCAAGGUGGAUCAGCCGUUUUACUGGCUUGUGAUUACAAUGCCCCUUCAGUUGCCACUUUCAUUGACACAGACAUCCGAAACUGGCUCUUGACGUGAAGUCCGUGAGAACAGCGGAGAAAAAUUGUGAUCCGCGAAUAUUAUUCCUUUGUCUGAAAACUCAUGAAACCAGCAGGUUUAAAACACACUAUUUUAAGGAAUAAAAAGUAUUUGAAAGGAGAAAU